AUGGCUGGAUCUGGCAGGCAGAAACACGAAGGAACGCUCAUGGGAUCUCCUCUGGGCAAACAGCGAGUCAGGGAAAGCAAUGCUAAAAGCACCGUUGUGCCCUGGACUAAAAUCGUUACACAAUGGUACGAGUAUGCUUAUUCCUGCAUGGGCAAGCUUACCGGCACCUACUAUAGGCACGCGACAGCGAGCUCUCUCUCCCUGCUCCUUGAGCCUGUAAUGUCGAUUGUAAUGGCUGGACCCGAGCUAUCGUUGCAGAAUACGGCAUAG